AUGUUUCCCUCUACCCAAAUCCACACCUUAGACUGUCACUGCAUUAAAUGUCACAACAGUCAUCAGAAAUCUUCUUAUGCUGCAAAGCGUACUGAGACUCGUCGUAAUAAGAGAGCUAGAGUUGAAGCCGCAAUGAGAAACAUGGAUGUAGAUACUGAGGUAAUCCCGACCUCUCGUUCCGAUUCUGUGGAAGCAAUGGACGGUCAGGCCAACUCACCUUUUUUGGAUGCCGCCUCAAUGUUUGACAAUGACAGAGACGACAAUGAUUUCGAUGACAAUGUUGAAGAUGAAGUCAAUGAGAUCGAGAUCGAGGACUUCAACAGUGAAGACCCUUUUGCUGCUCCUGAUAUGCCCAAAAAUGAAGUCCAUCAAUUCAUAGCCAUCUUUACGGUACUGUUUGCUUCACGUCAUGUUGUUGAUAAGGGUGCUGCUGUCUUGAUUGAGUUUAUCAACAACCUGCUGAGAAUCUACGACCAAGAUUUUCAAUUACCAACCAGUCUUGCCGGUUUACAAAAAAUGACAGGAUUUUCUGCUAUUACAAAAGGCAUCAAGAAAUUUGUGGUGUGCCAAGACUGUCAUACAGUAUAUCAGGAUAUCGUAUCUGCUCCUCCUCGAUGUGUUUCCUCAAAACUUGGUGCCAGGUCUGCAUGCAACUGUAAUUUGAUGAAAUCCAUAUCUUCCGGUGCCUUGGUUGCAAAGCGUGAAUAUGUCUACCAAUCCAUUAAAAAUACAUUGAGCGUUUUCUUCCGUUGCCCUAGUUUCGAAGCCAAGAUUCUUUGCUUCGAUGAAGAAAAUUGCAGAGACAAUGGUACUGCCCAGAGAUUACAUCACACUGACAACCAAAAUUGGAAAGGGCUUCAGCUACAUGAAAGCAGACGAGUGGAAAUCAUGGGUUCUGGUUUAUUCUUCUGUCUUGUUGCAUGGUAUUCUCCCCCAUUACAAUUCAAGAACUGGAUGUAUUUCGUUGAUGCAUGCCAAUACUACAUAAAGCCCAGCAUUACUUUUGAUGAGAUCACCACUACCCACAGCCUGUUAGAAAAGUUUUGCAAUGCAUGCAACAUAGACUAUACCGCCACUAUUCUCACCUGCAAUAUGCAUCUACACCUCCAUCUUCACGAAUGCAUUUGUGAUUUUGGACUAGUGUAUGGUUAUUGGCUCUUUGGGUUUGAGCAAUACAAUGGUAUUUUAAAGAAUUUCAAGAUAAAUGGCAAAGACGGUUUUGAGGCGACCUACAUGAAAAAUUUUGUUCAGAAUGCAUAUAAGGAUGAUUAUAUCAAUGCUGUUCUUAAAAGUUCUAGCCAGAUCCCCUUCAUUCACACUCUGUCUAAACUUGUUACAACCUCCAUACCAGCUGCCACAGUCACUACUCUCUCCAGUUGCCCAUUCAGAUUGCAAGAAUUCGUUCAAGGCUACACUGAUUCUUAUAAUCCACCCAAGGGUAAUGAGCCUCUUCCUCCUUUUACAUUUCCUCUAAAAUACAAAAAGCCAUCAGCAAAGUUUGUUGGUAGUAAUGGAAACAUUAUACUUGGAUUUGCUGGACAAAUUCAGUAUCUUUUUACACACUCCUUCCAACUUCCACCCACGCACAAUCUCCAUCUGACUCGCAUGGUUCAUGAUCAUCAACAAGUAUUUGCAUUUAUCAAGUGGUUUCAUACUUCCUCUGAUAGGUUGCGUGAGGAUGACAGUGUUGAAUUUUGUCUGCCCACGUUCUCUCCUGAUAGCUACCAUAGCAUUAUAUCUGUAUAUCACAUCUUAUUAGAGGUUGCUACAGCUACUAUUGCGACAAGUAGAAAUGUUAGCAAAAUGCUGGUAAUUCCAUUGCCAAAGAAGCUAUAUGCUUAA